UCUUAAUUCAUGGUUACGACUUAACUAAAACAGGGGAACAAUAUACAUUAAUUAAUUUGUACUUGAAAGUUGCAAUGUAACAAGCAUUCCCUCUCCACUUCUACUAUUAUUAUUUAUUUAUCAUUAAUCCAAGAAGAUUUGUCAAACUUGUACUGAAAUAAUGUAGUAGUUUCCAUCAUGUGACCAAAACAGUGUCUUGUUUCCUCAGAGCCGUAUAUGCUGAUCAUGGAGUUCAUGAGCUACGGAACCCUGCGCAGUUUUGUUCAGAAACACAAAGAUGAACUGAUUGCUGACCCUGAACUGCAGAGCCAGUUCACCAUCGCGUCCUACCACAUCGCCCUGGCCAUGGAGCACUUACGCUCCAAAAUGGUGGUGCACAGUGACCUUGCCUUAAGGAACAUUCUGGUGAGUCAAUUCCCAUGGGAGGUGAAGGUAGCAGAGUUUGGCCUGGCCAGAGACUUGACCCGUAUGAGGAGCAGACGCAGCAGCAGAAAAAAACAACACAAGGAGCGUGUGCCGCUGCGCUGGUAUCCUCCAGAAUACUUCAGGAACAACUACUACAGCUUUAAGGGAGAUGUCUGGGCGUUUGGUAUUGUGCUGUGGGAAAUGCAGACAUUCGGCACCUUGCCGUAUCCAAAUCUGAACACAUCUGAGGAAGUGGUGUAUAGUGUCUGUGCUGGUUAUAAGAACACUGUCCCCAAUACCUGCCGUCCAGAAAUAGAACAGGUCAUGCAAGACUGCUGGUUGGUUCCCUACACAUCUAGACCUACAUUUACAGACAUUGUCAAGAUCCUGGAGAGUAUGGUGGAGAGUGAUGGGGAUUAUGUGGACAUUGACAACCAAAGGAUCAUGAAUGCAGAAGAAAAGUGAAUU